AUGGCCCGGAUUCGGCCCCCAGGCCUUGAGUUUGACACCCCUGAUUUAGAGUGUGCCAAAGGGGCUUCAGGAUGUAGUCACUACAAAACCAAGCUACUGUCUCAGGACCGAGCCAUGCUUCUUAAGGCCUACUGCUUUUGGGCUCUCUUUCUCCUGCUCUGUCUCCCAGCUACUUCCUUCUUCCUCUGCAAAGAAGCUUCAUCCUACAGAGAAUUUCUCAGUAGACAUGUGGACAACCCCAAAACGGAUCUUCAGGAUGACCACAACUACUGCAACCGAAUGAUGCGUCGCAAGGGCUUGAAAUGUCAACGGAGCAACACCUUCAUCCAUGCCAGCAGUCAACGGCUGACCGCCAUCUGCAACUCCAAAGGAAAGAAACUGGACGGCAACCGGACCAGCAAAACCCUGUUCCCGAUCACCAUCUGCAUCAAGAGUAACCACCGCAGGACAAUUUUUUGCAAGUACCAAGGGAUAAGUGAGAUCAGGAAAAUCCGUGUCACUUGCUCAAGGGGCCUUCCAGUCCACUACAUUACCCACACUUGA